AUGAUAUCGUAUCGUGGAGUCCAGAAAGUCCAUCGUGCCAUUGCGUGUAUCAUAAAACUCAGCGGGGCGGAUAAGAUGGCCAACCUUGCCAAUGCUCGCAAUAAAGUCCUCGAAGCAGCUCGAGCGGGUGCCUCGCUGAUCGUGCUACCGGAGUGUUUCAACUCGCCAUACGGGACCCAGUACUUCCCCAAAUACGCCGAGACGCUCCUGCCUUCGCCGCCGACCCAGGACCAAUCCCCCUCGUACCACGCACUGUCGGCCCUCGCGGCCGAGGCCAAGGCAUAUUUGGUUGGAGGGAGUAUUCCGGAGCUGGAGCCUACGACCAAAAAAUACUACAAUACCUCGCUGGUAUUCUCGCCGACGGGGGCCUUGAUCGGCACGCAUCGCAAGACGCAUCUUUUCGACAUCGACAUCCCCGGCAAGAUCCGGUUCAAGGAGAGCGAAGUGCUGACCCCCGGCGAGAAGCUGACCACGGUCGAGCUGCCGGAGUACGGAACGAUCGGGCUGGCCAUCUGCUACGAUAUCCGUUUCCCGGAGGCGGCCAUGAUUGCCGCACGCAGGGGUGCCUUCCUGCUGGUCUACCCGGGCGCCUUCAACCUGACGACGGGCCCGCUGCACUGGUCCCUGCUGGGCCGCGCCCGCGCCAACGACAACCAGGUCUAUGUUGCGAUGUGCAGUCCCGCGCGCGACAUGAGCGCCACCUACCACGCCUGGGGCCACAGCCUGGUCGCCAACCCCAGCGCCGAACUACUCACUGAGGCUGGCGAGUCCGAGGAGAUCGUCUAUGCCGAGCUGAACAGCGAGUCGAUCGAGAACACUAGGAAGGGCAUUCCCAUCUAUACCCAGCGACGAUUCGACCUGUACCCAGACGUAAGUGCCGGGAGAGAUAACUGA